AUCGCACUAUGAUUUACCAAUUUCUUUUCCUCUUUUAUUGUUAACAUACCUAGGUUCCUGCCUGGAGGAUUUCGUGAUCCCCUGCUACUAGACACGGAAGCCUGUUAAGCGAAAGCUUCUUCUAUUCCGUCCACAACCAUUUGAACCAUUUGAAUACUGCUCUUUUGUCUUCUCUAAUAUGAAUAUCGCAGACAAGAUAAGAGUAGAAGAUGUUCAAAGACGUUUCACACGUCAACUACUAGGAUGUAACUCGAAUAUCGAUUACACAGACAGAUGUAAGCAUCUAUCCUUAGAACCUUUAUGGCACCGUAGGCUAAAAAACAAUUUAAUAUUUCUCUACAAAGCGAUAUAUGGGCUCUCCUUUCUAACCUCCUGCCCGACUAUCACCCACGACCCAGCCUAUAGACUUAGAAACAACGCAUAUACACUACUUACCGUAAAACACCAAAAACAAAUGCGUUGUAAGUUUUUUACAGUACGGUAUAGUGUAUUGUGGAACAGGCUGCCAAUGCCUAUCCGUAACUGUGAUACGUUUACCAGAUUCAAAAAGCUAAUAACCCUAUUUCUAGACUCCAAAGAGCUUCAACAUUACCUUGAACUCCCGCCCACCGAUGAGGCCGAUCAUACAAAGCUCAAAAUUUAGCCACAAAGUCUUCCCCCUUGUGAUAUGGAACGAAAGAUUUCAUCCUGCACCAUCCUCAAAGCCUUAGACAUUCCAAAGGGACAUAAGGUUGCGAUAUUUAGAAGCUCACACCUUCAUGGACCUACCCUUGACCAUCAGUUGCACAUUCGCAACGCAACUUUCGUGAAGCGCGCCAAUUGUAGUACUGAUUAAAACCAUCUACAUUCAUAUCUUAUAAAUUAUCAACCCAGCUAUGUAAUUUACUACAGUGGAUAUUGUAUCAUUUGUAUCAAUUUGAUCUUGCCUGUAAACUGGCAUGCCUCACG